AUGACGAUCACUCUGGACAUCAGUGAUAUAGCUGCCCCAGGUCCUCACGAUACGAACCUUGAAAAAAUCGCCGCCUCUCCAAAAUCACAGCUUCUAAGUGCAGAUGAGAGUUUUCAGAUCAUGGACUCUGAAUUUUCUUCAUUUCUCAAGAAUGUCAUGACUCCCUCAAUAGGUGAUGGAAGGCAUUCCUUGAGCCAAGUGGAUUGGUCAUGUGUUGAUCCGCUCCACCCCUUCGAACCGCUCCAAGGGCUGUUAGAUUAUACCACCAAGGAUGAUUUCGGGUUAGAAGACGUAGUAGCACACAACUUUUCUGCUCUGCCGCCCACGCCUUCUCUCUACUUUUCCCAGCCGUUCGCUACUGCUUUGGGGGAGGUCACACCCAACGUCACUGAGCCUGACCCAGACGGGAAGCACCUAACCUUGGGUAUCGAGGCGUACCAACAGUCUGCUCUGGGUCGCUGGGAGCCUUCAAACAACGACAAGGCGGAUACUGACAUGGAUUCGCUUUCCAUGCUUGGAACUAGUCCGCACAGCUCACUUUACGUCGCCCACCUGAAUGAUCACCCGGAGCCUCACAUAAACAAAUCAUUCCCCGCAAGCACAAGGGACCAAGUGCUAUCCAUGACGCUGGACAUAUGCAAACCAGAAAAAAAAUACCUCGUGACAAAGACUUUCCCUACCGCAGAGUUCUUCCUGCAACUGGUUCAACGGUACUUCGCAUAUGAUCGAUAUGAGGCACAUUCCUUCAUCCACGGACCAUCUUUCGAAUUGGGCCAGCAGGAACCAGAGCUCAUUACUUCCAUCAUUUCAGCAGGGGCGAUGCUGGUUGAUUCAAAGCCAUUGUGCGCACUCGGCCUUGCCCUACAAGAAGUGACGCGCCUGUCGCUGCCUGGCCGAUUUGAAGAAUCUAACAAGGUCUCAAGAAGCGUUUGGGCUAUCCAGGCUUUCAUCAACGAGAUCGAGGUUGCGGUCUGGAGCGGUAUCAAAAGAAAAAUGGAGAUUGGUGAGAGUCAUAGAAAUAUCCCUUUUACAAUGCUCCGCCGAGGUGGACGGUUUAGCACGCCCUCUGGGCCAUCUCCUUUACCAUUGCCUACCGAUGACGGUGAUUUUUUGCAACAAAAGUGGCUUGCUUGGGUGAAUCAAGAAAGUUGCAACCGACUGGUCUAUCGGUCCUUCAUCAUGGACAUCCAGAUCAGUAUGGCUUUCUGUACAGCCCCAAUCAUUUCAUUUUCGGAACUCAAAACACCGCUGCCUUGCGCAAGAUCUCUGUGGCUUGCCAGUGAUGCCGAGGAGUGGAAGUUCCUGUACCACAGCUCGCCACGGGAACUCCCCCCUCUGAGUUUAGUCGAGUAUCUCCGAAAUCCUACCGAGCUCGAUGAAGGUUGCUAUGAUGUAACUUUCUCUCAACUUAUCAUCAUCCAUGGCAUCUGGGGGAUGGCAUGGCAGUAUCUUCAACUACAUGAAGCACUCAACAAACCCAAAACCUCAAGUGCCGCGUUAGCUCUUCAGCAUCAAGAAAUUAUACGCAUCAUAGAUCAAUUCCAGGUCCACAUGGACGAGGAAUCAUCCCCGUGCGUAGAGGAACCACGCCUAAUGCUUGAGCUUGUGCAGCUGAGACUUCACAUCCCGUUUCACGAGGUGGAGAACUUUGCGGGCAAGGGCAGUGUUGAGGACGCGCGCCAGGCGCUCCCUAUUCUGCACGACUGGGUAGACACGCAAGAGGCGAGACAAGCGAUCUGGCAUGCCGGCCAGGUACUACGUGCAGCAGAAAAGUUCCGCUCCGGCCACCUACGUGGUUUCUUCGCCAUUGCCGUCUACCAAGCUGCCCUGGCCCUUUGGGUGUACAGCCUCGUGUCACAGGGCAAAGUCAGGGAUGGGAACAAUCCGGCAAUAUCUGUUCAAACAACAAAAGAUUCCGCAACUGUAUGUUUGAAUGGUCCAAGCGAGCUAAUGACUAGACGCUUUAUCUGCACGGGAAAACCUCCCUCUUGCGUACUACGGCCGGGUCGUUCGGUAGCUGGCCCGGCUUCAACUUCGGUACCCAUCCCACUUACAGACCCAGAAUCAAUAUCCUGUAUGGUGGCAGACAUGCUAGCAGACAAUUUUUCAAACUGCCAGGCACUUCCACCACUGGUAGAGAAUCUCCAGCAACUUCUCCGCCAUCUCGGGAGGGCAGCAACUACCGUCCAAGCAGGGUUCCCCUCGUCGGAGCUGUGGCCCACAUCCCGAAACGAGGGAUGA